GUGCUGUAUUUGUGAUAUUUAUUCAACCCGAAAAAAACAUGGUUCCCAAUCGUUGUAUUUACUAUCUAACAGUCGCCGUACACGUUGUGCUUGUGCUCGUUGCCCUUUGGAAGGUAUUGCUGCAGGAAAACCUUUGCUCGCAACUACUGGAGCAGUACGAUGGCAUGCUGGUUAGUGGUGGUGCAACUGCUACAAAGCAGCUCUGGUUACUGGGCCUACGUUUGCUGCAGCUUGUCGACGUACAGACCGUGCUGCUGCACGGCUCCUCCAUCCUACUAUCGAACCGGUUCUUUCACGAUCCCUACAGUCGUCAUCUGAACGGAAUGUCCCACCUGUGGAGCGUGCUAACGUGCUGCUGUAUGCUCACGAACCUCCUCGCAAUGCUGUUGUUUUUUCGUUUCAUCAGCAUCACCUACAGUACGGUACAGGAUUCACUGUACGGUGGUCUGGAGAUGUAUCAGUUUGACAGUGUUUGGAGUGAUUUUUGGAACCAUCUACAAACCCAUUCUCAGUGCUGCGGCGUGCGAAACCACACCGACUGGACGGGAAUGUUGUGGGAAACGCCGGAAAAGGAAGAUCAAUUUAGAAGGCUACUGCUGCCAGACGGAGGCCAGACUCCCGCGCUAGUUCCAAUUAGCUGCUGCCGGAAGCAACAUCAUCACUGUACGGGCGCGCAGCGUAUCAAUCUCGGCGUAACGGAGCUAUUACGCACCGCCGCCCUAGAUGGCACGAGCAUCAUCAAUCAUACGGGCUGUUUCGCUUCGGUGCAGAAUAGUCUGGCAAGCACUGUACGGUUGAUCAGUACGCUGGAUGUGAUUCUUUGCUCGAUGCAGUUUGGUACAAUAUUUUUGAUGAGAAUUUUAUUCAUUGCUAAUCGAAACUUUCAAUCGAAUUCGGCGAUAUAAUUAGAUUCGUGUGCCUCAGUAAUCAUUCAAACAAUUUCCUCUGCUCUUGAUUAGGAACCUUUUCCUUGGUCCACUCAUCGAGCAGUUGGAUCUGCUCAGGUGUCAGUUCCUUCUUCCAGCCUUCUGCUUCACCUUUUCGAAUAAAUUGCUCCCCUUUCUUCGUUGGA